CCGCCCACCUGAGCCGCAGCCGCAACAGGUGCCUGGCCCGGCGCGCUCUCCGUCCUUCCUCCCUCUCCGCCAUGGCUCAGGCGCCGGGAGCGGGGGAACGCCGCCACCUCGGGGAGACCCCAAGCCCCGGUGAGGGGCACCCCCAAGCUGGAGGCGCCUGCCCGGAGCACGCCCUGGACCUGGCUUGGUUCUGUUGCACCGAGAGGCGGCUCGUCUGUGCCCAGUGCCCCGUCCAGGGCGGCUGCCGGGACCACCGGGUACGCCCGUUGGCCGAGGAGGCAGCCGAGAGGAGGAACAAAAUAUGGUUGAAAAACACUGAAAUAGUGGACGAGUGUGAGAAGCUUCAGCUCCAGAGCUCCACAAUUGCCAAAUUUGCCACGGAGGUGUUGCCAGAGAAGAAGAAGCAUGUUGUGACUGUGGCCAGCAGUGCCCGGGAGGUCCUGAUCCAGCGCCUGAACCUUGUGAGGAGCGUGUGUGACAGCGAGGAGCAGCAGCUGCUGGAUGUGGCCCACUCAGAGGAGGAGCGUGCCCACCAGAACAUCCUCACCCAGCAGGUCCACUGGGACGAAUCACUACAGAAACUGGACGCCCUCCGGACUUACAUGGUGACCAUGAUCACCAGCACAGAUGAUGGUAGCUUGGUGCAGGCAGAGGAGGAAAUCUUUGAGAGGACAGAGGAAGCUGAAGGAAUCCUGAAGCCCCAGGAGUCAGAAAAGCUGGACUUUAACCCAUGGUGCCUCCAGAGUCCUUUAGUGAGCCGGCUGUGGGCCUUAGCUGUUCUCUGUCGGGCCUCAGAUGAAGUCCACGUGGAUGAGAAAACAGUCAGCCCCCUCUUGCAGCUCUCGGAGGACAAGAGAACGCUGACCUUUAGCCCCAAGAAACACAGCAGGCCUGACCCCGGUGGCCCGGCACGGUUUGACCACUGGCCCAACGCCUUGGCCGAGGAAUCGUUCUGUUCGGGGGUCCAUGCCUGGAGAGUCCGGGUGGGCAAAAGCGGUGCUUACAAGCUGGGCAUCUCCUAUGGCUCCCUGGAGCGCAAGGGAGCUGGGCCCGAAGCCCACCUGGGUUGCAACGCUUCCUCCUGGGUUUUCUCCCGCUAUGGCACCGAGUUCCAGUUUUCCCACAACGGCCGACACCAGGCAUUGGAGAUGCUCAAGUGCCCAGCUGAGAUCGGAGUCUUGGUGGACUUGGAUGCUGGAGAGGUGCUGUUUUUUGACCCGGAUUCCUGCGCCAUUCUGCACAUGCACCACGAAGCCUUCACCGGCCCCAUCUACCCAGCCUUGGCCGUGGCAGAUCAGAGCCUCUCUCUGAUGUGAGGAAAGCCAGCACUGCAAGGUUGCAGUUAUCUUCACCAAGGUUGUUAUUUCCUAAAGCUGAGCAGGGCUGGACCACCUUAUAUGAUGAGCACUGUGGUUCUGGUAGGACGAUGCCAACUUGUGCCAGGAAGCGAGAGGGCUUUGCUCUCGGGCAACUCACAGGCUGUCUCUGGCUCUGCGUUCAGAGCAGAUGGGAGCUGCAGUUUGCAGCUAAGUAUCUUACCAGAGGAGGCCAUGAAGAAGUCAGUGACAGGGACUGAAAGGCUUGGCUUGGGAGGGACAUUCCACCUUCUCCAAGAUGGCCGUUCUCACUCUUAUUUAGCCUUAGCACUGUGCCACCACAAGUCCAGUCAGAACAGACAAUUGCACUGUACUAGUCCCUGAGGGGAAAGGGACAGAGCCGGCGACUGAAAAAAAUUAUCUGACUAGGAAAACAGAAUUCUGCAACCUGUUCAAAUUACACAAUGGAUGGAGCAUGUUGCUGCUUUUUUUGUCACCACCGAAUGUUAUAAUUAUGAAUGUAAUGCUACUGUUUGAAUACUAGAAUUGUGAAUUUAAAGCUGCAUAAUUUAAGGCCACCGUUUUGCACAUC